AUGCCCAGAGAAGCGCUCAAGGCUGUCAGCAGGUCGACUUACUCUGACGCCUGGCGGUCACACUACCCUCGGCUACACUCUUCGGCCUUCAGGACGGAUGAGACGGUCACGAACCCGGAUGAGCCGCGACCCUUGCCGCCUGCUUAUAAGCAGACGACGAGGGCCAAUGAGAUUCCACUCGAGCAUACCCGUUCCCGGGGCGAAAGGGCGCUUACUACAAGCCGGUCAACCUUGCACACCCUCGAAUGGCACUUUCAUCCGGCACUGACCGGCUGGAAGCGGUCACUACACUGCAUACAAGGUCGAGGAGAACAGCUAGACGAUACCUUUCCACUCGCCUUCUCGUACAGAUGCCAAGGCGUGGGUCCCCUUAUUGACGCGCAAGAUCGGUCCAUCGAGCUGUCUCAGACGAUGAGCUCUCAUGCCUCGUCAUUCACUAGUCAUGCUCUCUACAAACAGUACCAGACCCGCUUGGCGUUCCUCAACGAGUGUAUACCUGCUCAUCUCGUCAAGACCCGGCUCGUCAUGGUCCUGCUUGAGCUCAUCAACGCACUCUGGCUAGUCCUCCUGAUCAUCGCUCUCGCUGUCGACAGGGCUCAGCAAAGAGGAUUCCUCACCGCCGUCGAAGUUACACUCGUUGUGAUCAUCAUCGUCAAUGCCACCGGUUUCAACUUCAUCCGCAUCCACAGAUGGAAGCUUCAGCGGACACUCAGAACAAAGUCUCUCGAUUGGUCACCCGUCCUGACGACAUCCACCGCACGCACGCUACUUGCAAACUAUGAAGGCGAUAGCCAGAGCCAGAGAACAGUCAUUGGUCCUCAGCCUGCCUUGCGUUGGAACUUGAUCGCAAAGGAGGGCAGCUUCUGGACAGCGUGGCGACCGAUCUGUCGCCUCAUCAUGCCCUCCGAGCCUCUGACGGUGCCUUGCGUGGAGUCCGAGGAUGUGCCUGGCUAUGCUGCUUUCGAACCUUCUCAGCCGACGUCAGAGUCUCUCACUCAGACGGUCUGA